CCUAAAAGUGAGAGAAAAGCUUGCGCGGUCGUCGUCGGUUGGCGGCCAGAAAGGAAACACAGUUCGUCGUUUAUAGUCGGGAGUCUGGUCUGCGGGCUAGGAUCCCGUGCCCUCGGCCGUAGCUAUCCUUGGAAGAGGAGCAUGCCCUACUAUUUUUGAGGCAUGGAUCAGUGUGGACCAUCGCGGACGAACCGGACGAAUGUCAUGGAAGGCGUCGGAUCGCGCGUGAUCCGAGGUCCCGACUGGAAAUGGGGCAAACAGGACGGCGGAGACGGACAUCUGGGCACCGUGCGAAAUUUCGAGUCAUCGGAAGAAGUUGUCGUCGUCUGGGAUAACGGCACGGCGGCCAACUACCGCUGCUCCGGAACGUACGAUCUCCGCAUCGUUGACAGCGCACCCACAGGCAUCAAGCACGAGGGAACCAUGUGCGACACCUGUCGGCAACAGCCCAUCUUUGGAAUCCGGUGGAAGUGUGCUGAGUGCUCCAACUAUGACCUCUGUUCCAUGUGCUACCAUGGGGACAAGCACCAACUUCGGCACCGCUUCUUCCGCAUCACUAACCCAGGCAGCGAACGGGCACUUAUGGAGCCUCGUCGUAAGAGCAAGAAGAUGGGAGUCCGCGGCAUGUUCCCCGGAGCGAGAGUCGUCCGAGGCGUCGACUGGCAGUGGGAGGAUCAAGAUGGCGGUAACGGGCGCCGGGGGAAGGUCACCGAGAUCCAGGACUGGAGUGCAGCUAGUCCUCGUAGCGCCGCUUAUGUGGUGUGGGACAAUGGGGCCAAGAACCUCUACCGCGUUGGCUUUGAAGGCAUGGCUGACCUCAAAGUUGUGAACGACGCAAAGGGUGGCACAGUCUACAGGGACCAUCUACCCCUCUUAGGAGAACAGGGCCCUGGUCGUUCCGGAGGUGUGGGCUUCCAAGUGGGUGACCAAGUGAACGUAGACCUGGAUCUAGAAAUUGUUCAAUCACUUCAGCACGGCCAUGGCGGGUGGACAGAUGGAAUGUACGAGUGUCUAGGAACAACAGGCACAGUGAUUGGAGUUGAUGAAGACCAUGACAUAGUGGUCUCCUAUCCAAGUGCAAACAGGUGGACGUUCAACCCAGCUGUGCUAACUCGUGUCAACACGGCACCGACUGCAUCGACAUCGUCGGCAAGCGGCAGCGGCACAGGGGACUCGGCCUCAUCGCAGCAGUUUGCUGUCGGGGACCUGGUGCAGAUCUGCAGCGACCUCGAGCGCAUCAAGAUUCUCCAGAGGGGUCAUGGAGAGUGGGCGGAGGCAAUGGCUCCUACACUGGGCAAGAUAGGCAGAGUCCAGCAGAUUUACCAUGACAAUGACCUCAAAGUCGAGGUCUGUGGCACGUCUUGGACCUACAACCCUCUCGCUGUCACAAAGAUGUCAUCAGACGGUGCUGUUGCCGGUGUGUCCAGCGGUGAACGCCUGAGCGCUUUGCUCAAGAAGCUGUUUGAGAACCAUGUCUCCGGAGAUGUGAACGAGGAACUGGUCAAGGCGGCGGCCAACGGCGACGCUCAGAAGUGCGAGGAAAUUCUGAAGCACCCUGAAGCCAACGUGAACGGGGUGUUUGCGAGUCAUACCGCCCUCCAGGCUGCCAGCCAGAACGGUCAUGUGGAGGUGGUCAAGAUCCUCCUGCGCCAUAGUGCCGAUGUUGAGAUUGAGGACAAAGAUGGUGACCGUGCCGUGCACCACACCGCCUUUGGAGACGAGCCGAGCGUGAUGGAGCUUCUAGCUCGUGCCGGUGCCGACCUGAAUGCGCGCAACAAGCGUCGCCAGACUCCCCUGCACAUUGCAGUGAACAAGGGCCACAUGGGCGUCGUCAAGACCUUGCUCGACCUGGGCUGCCACCCUAGUCUGCAGGACUGCGAGGGGGACACACCGCUCCACGACGCCAUCAGCAAGAAGCGGGACGACAUGCUUACCCUCCUCCUCGACCACAACGCGGACAUCACGCUCACCAACAACAACGGCUUCAACGCCCUUCACCACGCGGCACUCCGAGGCAACCCAAGGUAUGCUUCUGCGUUUGCGCAAGCCCUAAUAUUUGCUCGGUGCAUCUUUCUUUCCCUUCGGCAAUUCGCGAACAGGAGACUACGGACGCGCGCCUCAAGUUCAACCACAAGACGAGAAACGGCGAAAUUGAAUCUUUUGGAAAUGACUCGAGUUAUGUGCCUCCGUCGAUACACAAUGUUGUGCAGUUUAUAUAUUCAUGUAUUUAUUUAUUUAUUUAUUUAUUUAUUUACUUAUGUCAUGCUUGCUUCGCACUUGCGGGCAUUACAGGAAGGAAAUUACCAAAAACAUCUUAUAUACCAUCAGACGUGAAAGGCGGGGAGAAUAAUUGUCAUUCACAAUAUGAACAACAUUGCUGUAAGUAUGUUUCCUCUUCUAGGGGUCACAAAAAAAGAAAGAAAGAAUAUCAAAAUGUGUCUGUUCUAAAAAAAAACUCACGAUCCUUCUUUACACGGCGACAUCUCUUCGAGGCUUACGAUGUUUACCCUAUUUGCCUUUUCGCAGUCCACUUUACGAGUAAUAAGCAGCGUGCAAAAAUUUUUGCCAUAAGCUUCGUCGACGUCUUGUUUCCUUUUUUUCAUUCUUUUUAGCCCCGAUAACUUAAUUUUGCUUUCUCUUAUGCUUCG